AUGCCAGCGAGUUUCCUCGGCAGUGCCCUCCGGGGCUCCUUCUUCUUCAUUUUUGGCCUCUGGUGGUCUAUGAGGUACCCCCUGAGGUACCUCCGGAGAAAAAGCAAUGCUGAGAGCCAACCAAGCCAUGGAGUCCAGCAGGUGGAGGUCUUUGAAGGGGCAGUGAAGGCUUUCUUUGCACUAGCAGGGAUCUUGGCGGAGCAGUUUGUGCCUGCUGGCCCCCACCUGCAGCUCUACAGCCCCAAGACCCACAGCUGGGUGGACCUCAUCCCCUGGCACUACACCACCAUCUACCUCUUCUUCCUCCUCUCUGGCCUGGUGGACAUUGCCUCCCACUCCCCUCUAAAGCUGCCACUGGGCUGGGAUCGCCUCUUGCUGUCCCUGGCUCUGCUGGUAGAAGGUUUGCUCUUCUGUUUCCAUGACUACAGUGAUGCUGUGCUGGAUCACCACCUCCACUCCCUCCUGGCUGUGGCUGCCUUUGCUGGAGCUUUCUGUGCCCUCCUGGAGGUUUUCCUCCGUGACCACAUCAUCCUGGAGACCUUCAGGACCAGCUCCUUCCUUCUCCAGGGCUCUUGGCUCUGGCAGAUUGGGUUUGUUCUGUCCCCUCCAUGGGGAGGACCAGGCUGGGACCAGUCUGACCUCAGCAACCUGGAGUUCCUGCCCAUGUGUUUCUGCUGGCACUACGUGGGUGUUCUUGCUGUCCUGGCAGCCAACUCUGUUGCAUCUCGCUGCUGCAACGAGUCCUGCCAGCUGAAGUUUGGGGACAUCGACGUGGAGCUAGACUGUGGCUUCUGCCUCCGCAGGAACAAGAUGGGCUCCAGAGGGGCCCUGCUGCCUGAGAGCUCCUCAGAUGACAAAUGA